AUGAGUGAAAGCAAGCUGUUGCCAUUGCCUGUUUGCCAGAUAGAUCCGGUGCAGAAGAGCCCUGCAGACUUCAAGUACCCAAGAUGGUUCGGAGGCUCUGCCUCAUGUAUGGCAGUGGCUGUUUCGCAUCCAUUCGACCUCAUCAAAGUUCGAAUGCAAACAGUGCCGAAUGGCGAUAAGCAGGGGUCAAUACGAACCGGAAUUCUCGUUGUUCAAAGUGAAGGGAUUAAGGGCCUCUACCGUGGCAUUUCAGCCGGUUUCAUGAGAUCAUUGACAUAUGGGACUGCUCGUAUUGCUAUUUAUGAAGAGCUGAAAAAGUCCGCAACCACUCCCGACAAGUCUCUGUCCGUUCCGGCACUGGGCACGAUGGCUGCUGUUUCAGGCUUUAUUGGUGCGAUAUUUGGCACACCGUCCGACAUUGCGAACAUUCGUAUGCAAAAUGAUAAGUCCUUGCCGAUGCAACACCGUCGAAACUACCGACAUGUAUUUGAUGCAUGGUAUCAAAUGAAGCGACAUGAGGGUUGGAGAGCUUUCAUUCAAGGCAUUUGGCCUAACUGCUUCCGCUCCGGUAUUAUGACAGCAAGCCAGCUGGCAUCUUAUGAUGCUUUCAAGCGACUUCUCCAGAGCAUAGGUGAUACGACGGAAGAGAGGCCCUUGAUUCAUUUCUCUGCCUCAUUGCUGGCUAGUUUGAUAGCAACUACAGUCUCAAACCCUAUGGAUGUUAUCAGAACCCAGUUAAUGAGUUCUUCUAAAAAGGUCUCGGUCUUAACAAUUGUGCGAGGGCUAUUCGGUGCUGAGGGGAUUCGGUGGAUAUUUCGCGGUUGGACACCUAGUUUCGUUCGCCUCGGGCCCCAAACAAUUGCAACCUUGGUAGCUUUGGAACAACACAAGCGACUUUACCGCAACUGGGUCGCGGGAGAAAGAUUUAGCACCUGA